CGUUAUCCUAAUGACUGACAAUGCCUAUAACAUUGUGAGUAUCAGAUAAAGCAGUAACAUACAAAGCUUUAUCUAUGCUACGGGUGCUGCUCUCUUGAUAAAGCCCGGCUCGUCCAGUGUCAUAUCCUGUGUACCUUUAUCCCAUAUAAACAAAUAAACCAUCUGGAUUCCAAAUACCAACUUAAAUAAACUUACCCCCCUUUCCAUAAUAUUAACUUGACUUUUUCUCUGUAUUUCUUUGUGAUCCAGAGAGUAAAUGGAAAAACCGUCUAGAUUAGAUCAUGAUGACGCUUCUUCAUUGACAACCUUCAAUAUUAUUGUCGAAGGUGAUGGAGAAGGUCUCAUAUCCAAGAUAUUCUCCAAAUUCAAAACCGCAGUUUCUGGACCUCAGCAAUCGACAUCACCAUCUUCCUCGACACGUACAAUAUCAAUCGUUCUUUCCAAUGAAAGUGGAAUGAUUCUCGAAGAUGUGAACAACAUUGCGGAAAAUCAAAAAUUGACUCAUACAAUAUCAGGGGAAUCUAUCGCACCUACUUCGGCUUCUUCUAUCAAAUCUUCCACUACAGCAACACAUACUAUAGACAAACGACCACAAUCCAUCGUCACUGCCUCAGAAGUUAACGUAAAAAAUGUCACGACACCUGUUAUUAUCACAAAAGCGCCUUCUACUGCACCCACCAGUUCGUCUUCAAAAUCAACUAUUAAGCAUAUUGUUAUCGAUGAAGACCAAAAUCAACAACAAGAAAUAUUAUAUCCACCUCCCAUGCUUAUACCCUUAACUAAAACAUCUUCAUGUGAUAGCGAUACUCAAUCUGUGAUGACAACCUUUUCGGUUUCUAACACAAACUCUCUUAGUCGGAUAUUGAAUCGACUACGAGGAGAAUCAAUGGAUAGUAAUAAGGAUUUUUGGAUGCCGGAUGAACAGUGUAGAGAAUGCUUUGAUUGCAAUGCUCCGUUCAACAUCUUUAGGAGAAAACAUCAUUGUAGAACUUAAUUUUCUGUUCAAAGUGUCUUGGGAAUAGCAUCCAUACGAGUCAUUCAGUACGUGUAUGUAACGAAUGCUUCAUUAAAUACGAGCUACAAAAAGCAGAUGAUACAUUGUCUAUCCAAGAUGGCUAUGGUUAUGCAUCAUCCACCACUGUAGAUUUAUCGCCUCAACUACAGCAACAACAACAUCAACAAAAGACGUUUCUAUU